GCUACUACAGGAGCGCCCAAAUUCAAUUCCGCAGCCGAUAGCUGGGCCAAGUACUGGUGGUGAUCAGAACAGAUACCACACUUGAUCUUAGCCAAAGGACCCAACCUGCCUAUCUCUCUCUUCUCUCUCCCUAUCUCUAGGGUGGCAGGCUGGCUUCCCCGAAAACAAGGAAGAAGUGUGGCAAAAAUUGUGGAAGGACGAUUGCGACGAAGCAUUGGAACUUAGUGGGUCACUGAUGGGCACUCUCUGUUCGCACGAUGUGGCUUCGUUUCCAGCCACGAUAAUGGACGGGAGGCGCAAGGCUGACUCAGAAGAGAGAGAAAGGAAAUUGUGGGGAGAGGAGGAGGAGGAGGAGGAGGAGGAGGAGGAGGAGGAGGAGGAGGAGGAAGAGGAGGAGGAAGAGGAAGAGUGGACAGAAACGAAAGGAAAGAGGACGGGAAGAAAGACGCAGAGCUCAUUGAGUGAUCCGUUGAAUGGCCGAUCGACGGACGUGAUUGAAUCAAUCAGCGAAACCAAUGGAACCAACCAAGAAAGAACUAUUCAAGAUGGAGCCAACCAGGCUGCCACCCACGUGGACAGAGCCAGGCAGUGCGGAGCCACGCAGGCGGAGAGAAUUCGAAGGCAGCGGAAGAGUGUGGCAGAUUUUCGGGUCAACCCCCCGGAAUUCGCCUAUGUGGACCUCAAGAAGCACUUUGCGAACGCAAAAGAACGGGUGAUUAAACUCGAGACUCACAAGGAGAUUCCGGCAACGCCCUAUGAACGGGGCCCGCGAAGAUCUCUCACUGGUUAUAUUCCAUCCAGGCUCAGCAUUAAUGCUGGAGAUCCUGGUGGGGGCCAGCAUCGUCCUCGCGCCUCCAUUGUUGAGGGGGACCCUACAAUGCUCAUGUUCCUUGAAGCGAGCCUUGCAGCGCAAGCCCAUGAGCAGAGUCAAAUGGAAGGUCAUUUGUCAGAGGCACAACCUGGCGUCUCGCCUAGAAUGUCCAUCAAUCGUCGAUUUAGUAGUAUAAGCCACUCGUCCGAACCCACAGAUGCAAGACGUUUGUCGCAACGAGUAGGUGGAUCACAGUCAUCUCCAGGGGAUCCAACUGGGAGAAGAGAAUCGGGGUCAUCUUCUGGUUUUACUGCUGCAGAUCAGCAUGGUAAGAAAGGUGAGCGCAGAUUGUCUGCAGCUUCUUCCUCAAGCCUUGAACAGCGGAAGCGACAGUCUGUUUCCAUAUCUGAGGAUAGGCCUUAUGAAGGACAAUUGUCGGUAUCAGGUCACCCUGUAGAGCAAGCUGGGGAACCCAGUCGGCGGAGCUCCUCAACUUCCACCGCUUCAAAGAAACGGGUCUCAAUCCUCAUGGGCUCCACACAACAGGCAGCAGCUGGAGACUCAGCAGAUGCAAGAGAUAAUCCCCCAACAAGAGUGCACAAGGACGACUGGGGUAGCACGCAACCUUCGUUGCUUCUGGAACAAAGUGAUGCCACCCCUUCUCAUCUUCUUGAGCGUAUUGAUCGCAAUUCCGCCGAGGGCCUUCUCUUGAGUCCUCAGCAUGUGAGCCAACGAAUGGCAGCACUACCGCCUGACCUGAUUGACAACACUAUUGCAUCUAUAAACCGCUCUGUGCCCAGCUGGUCCCCACAACCUUCGAGCUCAGUUGCAGGGCCCUCGGUGUCGCCUGGAUCUUCACCUGAUGAUCCCGCAAUCCCGAGUCGGCGGUCAUUGCAGCCCUCUGGAGGUAUUCUGCGUAAGACGUCCCAAGGUGAUAAUUUGCAUCCCAAUGCGGCGAAGAGUUCACCUCCCACUGACAGUGCGGUAAGGCGGCCUUCGAAUGCAAAGCCAGGGGCCAGUAAAGCAGAGGGGUCUGCAGACCAUCCUGCUGGUAGCAGUCAGCAGAAGAGAUUGAGUAGCCACUCGGAAGGAGGAAGUGGGGGUGCUCAUCAGAAGAGUUCCACACAGAGCGGGGGUGCUGGACCCAAUAACAGGCAAGACAGAGUGACAAUUGAGGAUGGGAUUACAUCAAGCACACCUCAGAGCAAUCUUUCACAGGGCUUGAUUGGUCAUGGGCUUUUUGGAGAAGAGGAUGAUGGGAAGGAUCCAACAUCACAGGCAUCUAAAACCAUUCGCAGACUAAGAAAGGCGGAAAAACGAGCUGCUGAAGCAAAGGCCAACCAUGAUCUUGACACGGCACUUGUGUUGAGAAUGGAGGUUCUGGCUUGGGCUAAAAUAUGUACAAGUAGCCCUUUGCGACCGCUGGCAGAGCUCAUUGGGAGAUCUCACCUCAACCUGGCUUGUGCUUAUUAUGACAAGGGACUAGCGGAGCAGGCAUUUCUGCAUUGUGUGAAGGUUGUGUCAAGACUCAAAAGGUAUUCUACGCCUUCCAACAUGGAGGGGACUUUCUGGAUCUUCUGCAAGGGAUGGUCAAAGAGGGGCAGAAGGGGGGAAGAGGAGGGGGAGGAAGACUCCGCUUCCUCCUUGUACUGGGCCCGGAUCCUGAAGAUUUGGGAGGAGAUAUUCCCGGCUAGAGUAAGGAAACCCAGGUCUAAGGAGGAGGUCCUCAGACAGCCUCUAUUCUGCAAUCCCUGGCUAAAAGACUCCCAAGGGAAGCCAAGGACACUGACAGCAAGAGAUACCAGAUGGGGCAACUGGGUGGAGCACGGGGUGUGGCAGAUUAAACACCUGUGGUCCCAAGAAGAAGGAAGGUGGAAAACAGGGAGGGAGCUAAGAGUCUCGAUGAAGGGUUGUCACAGGCUCACAGAAAACCUGAACGACAUCCUGAUUUCCAUCCCGCAGGAAUGGACCCAACUGUUGAGGGCACCGCACAAAUGGAUAUGGGGAGACUGGGCGGCUUGGAGCAACAGCACAACACCGGAACAUGCUUUCCGCAUACAUCAGGAGGUGGGUCCUGACAAUCAGUGGCUGGAGGGGGAAAUGUUUCCUAUUUUGUCUCCCGGCGCCACAGUUAGUCCUCUAGACAMGGCAGCGAAAGUAGCAGUCGCUAUCAGGAAGAAUGGGUUAAGGAAAAUAAGGGUGAUAGAGGAUGAUGRACUCACGGCGUUUGCUCCUACAAYGGCCAUACAGGAACUCGAGAUAGACCCGGCAGAGUGGGCAUGGAACAUAAAGGGGAGAGUUUCAGGAAUAACCACGAAAGUCAACAUCCUGCGGUACACAACCAAGUUGGGCUAUAAAUUAAGAGGGGGAUCGAUACAGACGGACCAACCCCUAGCCAUCAGAUGGGAAAAGCGUGAGGGGAUACCAAGUGGGCGGGUGGAGCAGCUCCCAUGGUCAAGGCUGCAAGCCAUAAGACUAGGUAAGGCCUUGCAGCAAUGUGAUAACUUCAGGGAGGACCCGAGAGCACACGCUUUGAUGGUUCUUGUUCUCACAGCACUGGCAAGAGCAAAGCUUUUGCUGGGAAGAUCAGAUUGUGCAGCAGACUGUUUGAAGUACCUUGAUCGGGCCAUGUCUACGAACCGUGUCCUUUACGGUGAGGAGGUUCUUUCAAACUAUCCCAUCCACAAUGCACUAGCAGAGGUUUACAUUUUUAUGGGAGACGCGAAGGCAAGAGGAGAGUCAGGAGAUGGGAAGGCGGCAGAAGCGCACGCCUCUUCUGAGGGUGGGGCUGGAGGACCAUCUAGAGGCCAAGCAGGUGAAGGAUCAACACAAAAAGGUGGCGACAACCCUGAAGGCCCUCAACCAACUGGCAGUGGCGAUCCCAAUGAUGCAGAGAAGCUGUACGCCAAAGCCAUCAGAGAGUUGCAGAAGGCACUGGAGCUUCUGGGACAUGCAUAUGGUGGCUAUCAUCCAGAGAUGGGCCCAAUCUAUGCCAAGCUAGCUCAGACAAAGGUAAAGAAGAGGGAGGACAGAGAUGCGGCAUCCAUGUACUUGAAUGCCCUCAAGUGUUAUGAGACGGAGAAGGUCGUUGACCAACGAGCCGUUGUGCAAUUGCGUUAUGAGCAUGGCAUACUCCUCAGCAGGCAAGAGCGCUACUCAGAGGCACUGGAGGAGCUGCGGAAGGCACGUGUAUACUGUGAGAAGAUUUGCGGCCCAGAAGAUCAAGCGACUUUCCGGGUCAUGAAGCAGAUUGGACUUGUGCAAUUCAAGUAUGGGGAGUUGCAGGAUUCGUUAGCGACGUACCAAACAAUACUGGAGAGGCAGAAGCUCCGAUACGGAAGCAAGAGCAUGCAAGUCGCUGAGACCCUCAAGUACAUAGGCAAUGUCCAAGUGGGUUUGGAACUGAUGGAGGAGGCGUGUGAAAGCUAUGAAACUGCCAUCAAGAUUAUGGUGACUCAUGUCGGCAAUAAUCAUGUGAGGGUUCGGGAAAUGAGGAAGCGGCUGGAUGACGUUCGAUCGCUUUGGAAGUCCUUGAAGCAAUUGUCAGCCCCUCAGACGCAACAAGUGGCGAGCGGUCAGAAGCGCUAUCGGGAUCGUAACUCGGAAACCGUGGACGCAAAGGCGCCACGUGGUGUCUCUGCCUCAACCUCAGCUCCCCCGGGGAAAGUCAAUAAUCCGCAGCAAUCCGGGCCUGGGACAACGAAUGCAGGUGCUCCUUCUUCAGGUCCUCAUCAACAGGGCACGAGCCACCAAAGCAACAAGACGAAAGGAUGUAAUCGGUAGUGAAGUGAUGGAGUUUGGGGUCCGAAAAGAUGGAUUUUUGAGAGAGGGUAUAUACUAUAUAGUAUAUACAAUGCUGCCAGACGUCGGCCUGAUCUGAAAGACUGAGGGUGAGGCGUCAUUGGUGGUACGUUCACGCUUAGAGAGCAUGCACGUGGCCAUAGACCAGGCGAGGUCUCCGGUUUCUUAGCACAAAAAUAGCACCAGUGGGGACCUGGCUCGAACUACCCGGGACCUUGUCUUAAAAAAAAGCUUAGGGAUCAUGCACGUGGCCACAGAAUGGGCGAGCGAGGUUUCUGGUUUCUUAGGACAAACAUAGCACCAGCGGGGGGCUGGCACUACCUACCCGGGACCUUGUCUUAAAAAAAAGCUUAGGGAGCAUGCACGUGGCCACAGAAUGGGCGAGCGAGCUGGCACUAACUACCUGGGACCUCGCCUUCAAACGCUCUCAGAAUUCCACUUGUUUGCGCAGGAGCACAUGAGAAGCUGAAGAGUGGGGACAACGCUCCGAGAUAUUUUCCCAAAAGACUCCCGAGGGACUGUCGGGACUUUUGCCAAGUUCCCACUGACCAACUGUCGCAAGUGAAAAAGAGACCCCAAGAUUUGCCUGAGGGCCCACUUUAUCUUUGGGCCCAUGCAGGGCAUGCAGAUGGAAGGUUUCGCGAUGAAAUGGAGGAGAUUUUGGAAGCAAAUGAAGAUGCGGACGAGGC